GGAGCUGUUCUCGCGAGAGUUCCGCGAGAGGCUCCCGGCCGCUGCCUGUGGGCUCGCCGCCACUGGAGCCCGAGCGGGGCGCUGGAGCGCGAGCGGGUGUCGUGCGGCGUCGGCGUGCGCUCCCUCCCCGGGGAGCGGCUGCAGGGGGACCGCGGCGGGAGCAGCCUCGGGCCGUGCAGCCGGCUCCGGCACCUCGCCGAGGCUCGUAGGAGCCGCCGCGCUUGACUGGGCGGCGGGUCGCAGCCUCCACACCUGCGCGGGCGGCGGCGCGGGCGCGGGGUCCGGUCUGCCGCGGGCGGACGGACGGGCGGGCGCAGAGGAGAGCGUGCGGCUGCAGGCAGGGGCCCCCGCUCGGCCACCUCCUCGCCCCGCCGCCGCCACCGCUGGAAGAUGUCGCAGGAGAGGCCCACGUUCUACCGGCAGGAGCUGAACAAGACCAUCUGGGAGGUGCCCGAGCGAUACCAGAACCUGUCCCCGGUGGGCUCCGGCGCCUAUGGCUCGGUGUGUGCUGCUUUUGAUACAAAGACGGGGCAUCGUGUGGCAGUUAAGAAGCUGUCGAGACCAUUUCAGUCCAUCAUUCACGCCAAAAGGACCUACCGAGAGCUGCGCCUGCUGAAGCACAUGAAACACGAGAAUGUGAUUGGUCUGUUGGACGUGUUUACACCCGCAAGGUCCCUGGAGGAAUUCAACGACGUGUACCUGGUGACCCAUCUCAUGGGGGCGGACCUGAACAACAUCGUGAAGUGUCAGAAGUUGACCGAUGACCACGUUCAGUUUCUCAUCUACCAGAUCCUUCGAGGGCUGAAGUAUAUACAUUCGGCUGACAUAAUUCACAGGGACCUAAAGCCCAGCAACCUAGCUGUGAACGAAGACUGUGAACUCAAGAUUCUGGAUUUUGGGCUGGCUCGGCACACUGAUGAUGAGAUGACAGGCUACGUGGCUACCAGGUGGUACCGAGCCCCUGAGAUCAUGCUGAAUUGGAUGCACUACAACCAGACAGUGGAUAUUUGGUCCGUGGGCUGCAUCAUGGCUGAGCUGUUAACCGGAAGAACGUUGUUUCCUGGUACAGACCAUAUUAACCAGCUUCAGCAGAUAAUGCGUCUGACGGGGACACCCCCUGCUUAUCUCAUUAACAGGAUGCCAAGCCACGAGGCAAGAAACUACAUUCAGUCUCUGGCCCAGAUGCCGAAGAUGAACUUCGCAAAUGUAUUUAUUGGUGCCAAUCCCCUGGCUGUCGACCUGCUGGAGAAGAUGCUCGUUUUGGACUCAGAUAAGAGGAUCACAGCAGCCCAAGCUCUUGCGCAUGCCUACUUUGCUCAGUAUCACGACCCUGAUGAUGAGCCUGUUGCUGACCCUUAUGACCAGUCCUUUGAAAGCAGGGACCUCCUCAUAGAUGAGUGGAAGAGCCUGACCUAUGAUGAAGUCAUCAGCUUUGUGCCACCACCCCUUGACCAAGAAGAAAUGGAGUCCUGAGCACCUGGUUUCUGUUCUGUCUAUCCCACUUCACUGUGAGGGGAAGACCUUUUCAUGGGAACUCUCCAAAUACCAUUCAAGUGCCUCUUGUUGAAAGAUUCCUUCAUGGUGGAAGGGGGUGCAUGUAUGUGUUAGUGUGUGUGUCUGUCUGACUGUUCGUCUGUCCACCUAUCUUUGUGGAAGUCAUUGUGAUGGCAGUGACUUUAUGAGUUGUGAGUGGUCCUUGGCAGUCUGCCUGCUUUCUCAGAGUCUGGGCAAGUUGAUGGGAACUGCCAUCUCCUUAGGGAUGUGUGUGUAAAGUAAGAAAUAUGAAAAUAUCCCUGUUCUUAGUUACCUUGCCAUUUUGGCUUCUCCUGUGGCCCUGCCUUUACCAUAUCACAGUGACAGAGAGAGGCUGCUUCAGGUCUGAGGCUCUCCCUCAGCCAUGCAUAAAGUCCAAGAGAACCAACUGGCUCCUGGUCUCUAGCCUGUUACCGGCUUGCUUAAUGUCUUCAGAACCUGACAGGUAUGUUUAAAGCUGUCAGUCUGUUUGUGCCUUAAAAGGAGAGAAGGGCGCGUAGAUAGUUAAAGAAUCUCAGCUGCUGACGUUCUGAGCCAGGCAAGUGCACAGGGCUGUUGGAUGGCCAGUGGGGAGCUGGAAAAAACAAGGCAGCCUUUGGGAAGGCCAUGGUGCAUGUGUGUGCAUGCCUGUAUGUGCAGCUGCCCUCCCUCACUUCAGGAGCAAGCUGUUUGCUGUGCUUACUGUUCACCUCGGUGCAGAGGUCUCCAGUGCCGGGCACAGGCGCCUGCCAUCAGUAGUUUCCUGUGUCAUCUUCACACGUAGCAGAGCACGGAUGUGUUUGCAUGCUGUGCCCUUGGAGCUUGUCCUGUCUUCUGGAAGCCCUGGGCCAGGCGUGGGAAGGCUUCCCAGCAGUUCCUGUCCACAUGCCUCCGCCCGCCGACUCCAUGGACACACUGCUCCCUCCUCCUCUUCCUCCAGCUCCUUUGUGUUGAACACAACUGAUCCUCCAGGUGCUCAUGGUGCAGGAAAACAGGACGGACAGAGCACCUGAACCCUUGCCAUCUGAUGUCACCAAUUCAGGAAAACAAGUCCUCUCCUAGGACUGUUCCUGGUUCUGGAAAUCAUGUUCUCCUCACUCAUGGUGACAAGCUAAGAAAGCUGAAA